UGUACUUACAUACUUGACACCAUUGACACUCAAUUGGCACCAUCGUUUUGGAUCUCAAAAUUUUAUGUCAACAUGGAGAUAAGAUCGGCAAAUAGUUUAUCGAAUGUAUGAAUUCAAUGAAUUACAUAGGUCAGAGUAACUUACGACUGUGCUCACGCAACGAGGGUAAGAUCAAAUCAUACGAGUCUUGCCGCGACGUCAGAGCAUGGAGUCAUGACGUGCGGGCGCGCGAUCGUUACCUCAGGGAAUGGAUAAAGUGCGAUAUGCCUAUUUGCGUUUUACCCACGAGCACUUUAGCCAGCUUCAUGAGAACCAUGACAUGCAGAAGCCGAGGCAGGGCCACGCCCCGUUGUCAUCCCGAUUGUAAAUCAAAAGUUGUGCUAGAUAGCAUUUGUGAUUCAUGUAAUGCUAUAAAGGAAUGUUUAAAAAAUGAAGAGGGUUUCGAUAAGUACUUUGACGAUGAGGAAUUUGAAACUAGCCAUUGGCCUUGUGACCGAUGCCUGGAGGCCCUCAAAAGCAUUAAAAUGCUUUGGAAAAUCAUUAUCGAAAAGAUCUUUCAUGUAAAUAUUCCAAAAGAUGAGGAUCUCGCUCAGAAUGAGUGUUGUCGCACAGAUAGUGUGCGGUCUGUUGCAAAAGUUUGGCAAACUGAAAUGGUGCAACAGGCCAUGUUUGUGAGGAAUAUCUCACCGUACUUAACUCGUGCUAUUUUCCCAAUUCCCUGUUGUUGGAAAGGAAAAAAAAGCAAAAGAGAACCUCUCACAUGUCCUUUUAAACCGCAAGGAUAUCCAGAUGGUUUCCCUGAAUGUAAGAAAAAAUGUUCUCUGACAGAUUGUAGAAAACCAUGUUGCAAGAAUAACAGAUCAACAGACACUGAUUUCAUAUCGAAUCCUUCGGUAUGCAGAUCGAAUAAAUCGUGUUCGACGUCACAAAGUCAAAGAGUGUGCAGUAAGCACUGCGCUGCAAAAGUCAGACUGGUUGAUAAACAAUGUCAUUGUAAUGAAAUUAGCGAAGAAAUUAAUGCUUAUAAAAUAAACCUCGAGAAGUUACAAGAUAAAUGUAAUUGCCAGAAGACUGAAAUAGACAAACUGAAAAAAGAAAACAGUUCCUUAAAAAUUGAACUUCAAAAUGUGUACAAAAAUUCUUCAUGGAAAUCAACAUUCUUUAGUCCUUUCAAAAGUGCAAGUAAGCACGAUAGUGUUGCUAUAUUGCCUAAACCAUUUGAAUGUUGUACAGACGAUAUUCCGAAUGUAAGCGAAGUCAAAGGAAUUGACUCAGAAAUGAUAAUAACAAUGAAGAAUUGUAAGAAUGAGACGUACAGACACAUUUCUUUGUUACAAGUUUUACAUAAAACUAACGACCCAGAUAAAGGAGUACUUAGUAGAGAGAGCGAUUGCUGUAGUAGGAAAGAAGAUCCUAUUGUGCUGUUAACUAAAGUGCAAAACACUUUUGGAGCUAUCGUGAAACGAGAAAUGGGUAUAGCUUAUGAGAGAAAGUUGCGUGAAAAAAAGUCUGUAAUCAAUGCUUCAUUCCAUAAAGUGAAUUCUAGCAAGUCUGCGCCCUCGUGUUCCACAAUCACAGAUACCAGUACUGAUUCACGUUGCGACUUUCGUUUAAUACAUGAAUCAUAAUUCGAGUGUACAUGUUUAAGCAGGUGAAGAUGAAAACAUACAUCGUUGUCAAGAUAAAAUUGUAUUUGUAUGUGUUAAGUGGCGUGAAAUAUAAUGUGUUAGUUCAUA